AUGUUUUCAUCGAAAUGUGCUCACGCGUUGAAGGAAACUAAAAGAUCUGAAAGGAUUCGUUCUUUAAUCAGUUUUGCUAAAACUGCUACAGUGCCACAGCUAACGACAAAGCUAACUGAUUGCUGGACACAUCCUCACAGUACGAUAACCGAAGCACGUUUGCUACUUACAUUAGGAGCUGAUCCCACACCUUUAUAUGUGGAUGGAUAUGGAAAGAAAGCCUUGCUAAAACGUAUUACAAAUGGCACAAUAUGUGAAAAAUGUUAUUUAAAGUACAAAGAUUUUUUGGAUCACGCAAAAGAGAUAUAUGACGCUCAAUUCAAUAACAAUAAAUCACGACGGGUACCGCGAAACAAACAUUCUCCACUUGGAAUGAUCGCAUUAUCUUUGGAUGGUGGUGGAAUUCGUGGAUUGGUUUCUGUUGUUAGCCUUCUUUUUGCGUCUAGAAGACUUUUUGGAGAUGAAUAUUUACCAAAUGUGUUCGACUGGAUGGUUGGUACCAGCACUGGUUCAAUGCUGGCAUUGACGUUAGCAAAGGGAGCGUCGCUUACAGAUGCGUUCUUUUUGUACUGGGAAAUGAAAGAUGAAAUUUUUUUAAAUGGUUCGACAAUGAAACGACUCUUCGGAGAUAUGGUCGAUCGGCAGACCAAAAACGUUAACAGUGUUCUUCAAAAAUGUUUUCCAGAUAACUAUACUUUUGCCGGUUGUCCUAAACGACUCUCGGUUCCAGCUCUUGAUAUCUCGAAAAGACCAGCAAAGCUGCACGUUUUCCGGAACUACAGCGUUUUUUCAGAGUCAUCGGAAGUUGUUAAAAACGAUACAAUGUUUCGAGAUGCUGCUAGAGCCAGCAGCGCAGCUCCGACGUAUUUUCAUCCACAUGCGUACAACGACCAUGUUUUCGUUGACGGGUCUUUCGUUGCUAAUUGUCCAUUAAAUGUUCUUUUUAAAGAGCUAGACCAGUGUAAUGCAGUUGGACCGCACGUGAAACUUGCAGCAGUGAUCUCAAUUGGAACGGGUGAACCUUCGGAGACGGAUAGAAUACUUAACAAUGGCAGCAAUAUACGAGCCAAAGCGAAAUAUUUGCUUCAUAUUAUGUCAUUGUUGCUUGAGCAGGUAGUUGGGCAUGAACAAGCAGGUUUAGAAUCUGCGAAAGACCGGUGCUUGGCACAAAAUAUACCGUUCUUACGGAUCAGUCCGAAGGGUAUUGAAAUGCGAAUUGAUCAAAUUGAUCCAGGUAAACUAAUGGAAAUGAUAUGGACAACACUAAACUAUUUAACAGAUAAUAUUGAGGAAAUUGAUCGAUUGGGUGAAAUUCUUCGUUCCGUAUUAGAAGUUUCCGAAAUAAGAAGGGUUCGCAGCAACACAGCUUUAUAA